AUGAGUUCGGCGGGUGAGAAAAGGAAGUUACAAUUGAAUGAGUUAGAGGAACUUCAGAAUGAAUCGUACGAGCAUGCGAAAAUUUACAAAGACCGUACAAAGAAGUGGCAUGACAAGCACAUCUUGAAGAAGGAAUUUUAUGUGGGUCAAAGCGUUCUCCUCUACAACUCAUGGUUGAAACUUUUUCCUGGUAAACUUCGCUCUCGUUGGUCUGGGCCAUUCACGGUGUUAACCGUGUAUCCUUAUGGGACAGUUGAAAUCAAGAAUGAUCGUGAUGGUACAACGUUCAAAGUUAAUGGCCAUCGACUCAAACCAUAUGUGGCCACUGCAUUCCUUGAUGAGGAGACCACCGUCCUCCUCGAUGAUCCCAA